AAGGCCUGAAUGGAGGUGGUAUCUUCAUGCUGACAGCUGAGAAGCAGGUCAGUCAGGUUCUUGGGUGCUGCAUUACACAAGCAAGAUACAGCCAGCUCCUCCUAAUUUUGUUUCUCUGGCACCCUCCUGCUUAGUGGGACGGCGCCACACUUAACCCAUCUGCUUUCUCUAAUGCACUGCAGACUCAUUUUAGCCAGGACAGCUGUGACAUUUCAGUUCCUGUUUGUAAACACCUCCUAGACUUGAAGAUUCCCCUAUACCAAAGAAGGCUACAAUGUUGACCUCAGCCCAAACUCUAUUGCUUUCAACCUUGUUUAGUUUACUAUUAUUUGUAAGCCAUGGGAAAGAAACUCUGGAAGUAAACACAACACAAAACAUUGCAGAAGACUUAAAAAACAUGGCAAAAGAAUAUGUUCCUUGGAAAAGUGGAGCAGAUUUCAACUUAGGUAAAGAAAAUAGAGAAACUUCCAACCCCAAGACAAGAAAUUCCUCUCUUUGGGAUCCAUCAAAUAAAAGUGAUGAAACAACAGAUUUUGUGGAUAAUUUGACCACAGACUCCCCCAGGAGUCCAAGACCCACACCUGUAUUUUCUGAAAGCACUUCCUUGAUCCACAGCUUUGUUUCUAAACUGCCUCAGAACUCAUCUGCAACAGAUGGAAAUUCUCUGUCCUUCUCAUCACCUCCCAAUGCUACAUCUGCUGUAUCCUCAGUGUGGUCCCUGGCCAAUGAUACCAUGAAAACUGACAACAGUUCCAUUACAGUUAGCAUCCUCCCCUCGGCACUAACCACCACGAACCCCAUGACAACGGAACCAGAUGGAUGGCUUAACAUUACUAAUGAUAGCUUUGUGGGGUUUACUCCCUACCAGGAAAUGACUCUACAACCCACCUUAAAAUUCACCAAUAAUUCAAAAAUCUUUCCAAAUACAUCAGAUCCCCAAGAAGAGAAUAGAAAUACAGGAGUAGUAUUUGGGGCCAUUUUAGGUGCUAUUCUGGGUGCUUCCUUGCUUAGUCUUGUUGGCUACUUGUUGUGUGGAAAACGAAAAACGAAUUCAUUUUCUCAUCGGCGACUUUAUGAUGAUAGAAACGAACCAGUUCUGCGAUUAGACAAUGCACCGGAACCUUAUGAUGUGAGUUUUGGGAAUGCUAGUUAUUACAGCUCAACUGUGAAUGAUUCAUCCAUGCCAGCAGGUCAAGAAAAUGCACGUGAUGGUAUUCCAAUGGAUGACAUACCUGCACUCCGUACCUCAGUAUAAAACUAAGGGGAAAAGGGCUUCAGAUGGCAAGUGUUUGCCUACAUCCUGGCCUUUUCACCAACCCACCUUCCAAAAGCUGAAGCAAGAUCUCUGUCAUGUGGCUUGUGCCAAGAAGAACUGUAAAUGCCUGAGCCUAGUAGCAGAAACAUAAAGAGAUGAUAAAUUAUCCAAGGGGUUUCCUUCCUUGCCAUUUUUGGCUAUGCUGACACUUAUGUGGAGUAACCUUCAUUUGUAUUUUAGUCUGUAUUUUUCUUAGUAAGACAUGUUUGUGGAAUCACAUAAAACUAAAAGAUUUUCCCUUGAUUGCCUUCCUUGAUAAUUUAAUUUAAAAACUUCUUCAAAUAGCGAACCCAAACUACAUUUAUACUUUGUUUUGGCCAAAAAUCAAUCAAUGGAUUGAUUCUUUACUGCUCCCCCUGUAGCCUUAAUGCCAUGCAUCACAGUUGACAUUCUAUUGAAGAAGCAUUGGAAGUAAAUUUUUUUUUUUUUUUACUUAAAGCUAGAAAGACAGAUGGCACAGAACUUCUGUUUCUGAGAAAUGUAGAGAAUGGGAGUGAGAGACCUGUCUUCUAAGUACAUUUUACUUUGCUGCCUUAGCACUUACAUGGUCAGUCCCUUGAACUGCCAAGUUGACAAUUACUUUGCAUUCAACAAGGCUGUUAGGAAAGCUGACCCUAACCAGGAAAGUAAUUGCUUUUCUUCAAAGGAUGGGGAUUCCAACCUGUCUGAUUUACUUUACACCUCUAUUAACUGGGUAAUUUAAAACUCAAUAAGAAACUUGUUGAAAAAGUCAGCCAAAGCCUGUACCUGUACAUAAUUUUUACAGUUUUAAGAUGUUAGAUAGGAAUAUAAUUUAUUAUGUAUUAGACAUUAUUGAUCAAUUAUAUAUGGAAUAGAUUCUGCAUCUCUAAAUAGAUGAUGAAUGAGAUUAAAAAUAGAUAAAUGGAAAUGUUAAGCAAAUAAAAAAAUUCUGAGCAUCAGUUUCAAAAAGUUUAACUUGGAUUAUGGCAUGUUUCAGUUUUUUUUUCAUUUUUAUUUUUUAAUUAUUGUUUAAAGUAUUACAAAUAGUAGCACAUAUGUCUC